CCCCUGAAUUCUCUAUUUUUAAUUCCAUAGUCAACCAUCCCCAUCUCUGACGUAUAGUUAUUCAAUUAAAGGGAGGCACCAGACAAAUGAGAGGAGCUGACAAGCAGCGUGAAAUGCAAAAAGCAACCCCUCUGCCAAAAUGAGAGAAGGUGAUGUUGAGUGUCCAGACGAAACGAACCUGAGUCCUUUGGGACCAAGGGUGCAGGUGACAGAUGUGGAGGUGGAGAAACAGAGUGAGGCUGCAAUGGAAAUGGAUUCUGAGGUUGAGGGCGAAAUUUCAAGUGCAGCAACACAGAAACACCACAAGGGUGCAGCAGACAAACACAAGUUCAACACUCUGGGAUAUCAGAAAAUGCAAAAGCCAAUGAUUUACGAUUUUGUGACAGUGAGAAAGGCGAACGUCAAACAUCGGCCUGCACUCAGGCAGGUCCUCUUUAACCAGGGCCUUUCUGACAGAGCUCCAACCCUUGGGGACACCUUUAAAUCGACUCUGGAGUCUUUCCCGCUGCCAGUUCCUGAUAACCAGACUGAUGUGGCCGGCGUUCCACUGGAGGACAACUGGACCAACAUUGUCCAGUCACACCAGGCAAUGGAUAAGUCAGCAAGGCACCAGCAAGAAGCCCUCUGGGAGCUUCUGUACACCGAGCUGAACUACAUCUCCAAGCUGACUGUUGUCACAGACAUUGUCAUGGGCGCUCUCACCCAUCUGCACAGGAACGGCUUUUUGCAAGAGAUGACUCUUGAGUACCUGUUCUCUAACCUGCCCUCUGUUUUGGAUGCUCAUCGAUGCUUCUGGGAGGAGGUGAUGCUCCCCAUGCUGCUGGAAGCCCGGCAUACUGGGGGUCCCUUCAAACCACUCAUGCUGGAGGAGGGCUUCCUACAGUUCAGCCAGCGCUUUUCCUCAUACCUGCGCUACUGCCGGGAUGAGGAGAACAUCAUGGAGUUUGCACGGAGACAGAUGGACAACCCCCUCUUUCAUGCUUACAUCAAGUGGGUGGAGAACUGCCCUGGCUGUGGGCGAAUGCGGCUUGGGGACAUGCAAGCCAAGCCCCACCAGAGAAUCACCAAGUACCCACUGCUGCUGAGAGAGGUACUGAAAUGUACCCAGGACCCCCAGACGCAGUAUGCAUUGCGGAAGAUGUUGAGCAGUAUAAAUGGGUUUCUGGAUAGCAUCAAUGACCACCUAAGGCUGAAAGAUGAGGAACUUGCCCUUUCUCAGUCUGCCUCAAGGCUGGAAGGAUACGAUGUGCCAGAGGGCGUAACUGAGGAAAUCGAGAAGUUUGUUCGAGAACUCUGCCAUUUUGAUCUGACAAGCCCCAUCAGAGGUGCCGGCAUGAAGGAUAUACGUAAAUUGCUGUUGGAGGAGACCCUCAGGGUCAAAGCAAGGAGGGAAAGCAAGCCGAUGGUUGUUCUGCUCUUCUCGGAUGUGCUUUUGUUGACAAAGGCACUGAAGAAGUCAGAGAAGUUAAAAGUAGUGUGCCCCCCACUGGCUCUGGAUAGAAUUGUCUGUGCUCCCCUUAAAGAUGAUGUCUCCUUUGUGCUAGUAGAGGUUGGGGAGCUAUUCUGUGCUGUGAACGUCUAUACUAUAACGGCACCCAGCACAGACAGCCGAUCUGAGUGGGUCAAAAGCAUCCUGGCUGCACAGGAGUCUCUGGCAGCCAUGAGGGAGAGGGAAACCUCUCAGAGAUUUGGGGGUUUCCUCCUGACAGAUAUACGGAUGGAGACAAAAGUCAACCCUAAUAGAGCAGAACCCUCUGACACUGUAAGGGAAGUUCAAGAUAAGGAGUUGAACUUGACAGGAGUUGAACAUACUCUGCUUUCUGACCAAGAAGAAAGGAGACAUGGUCAACCGCAAAACAGAGCAUUACCAUUGCCAGAGACAGAAGAAGGGAGUAUCUUCCAGAGGCAGCAGCAAGCCUGGGGUCUUCAGUUGAUAGGCAGUCAGCCUUUUCAUACAUCGGUGUAUGAAUCUGUUACAAGUAAAAUCAUAAACAGCCGACACAGCGUGAGCAAUAUGGCACUGACAGAAGGGGAGGGAGACAAGAACAGAGAUUGCAACCAGGUGGAAUCGAGUGAAAUUAUUUUAAUGGGUUCACCAGAGAGAAGGGUUGUAGGACGCCAUUCAGAAUCUUCACAUUCAUCCUUUAGUCACAGGGAUUCCAGUGAGAUUCAUUCUAAUGUCAACACAUUGACAUUGUUUGAUGUAGGGUCAGAUGUGGAUAUGUCGUCCACACAAUCAGAAUCGAAAGAAAUGCAAGUCAAAAAUUUUGAGAGUGAAGAUCCUUACAAGGCAUCCAGAAUGGAUUUGACAGUCAGUGUACCAGAGCAUGAUAUGGCAACAGACACAAUGGGGUUUUCACGUAAACUCAAUUCCCCCCGCUUAAGAAAGAGGCGACCGAUGGGCUCUCCGCAUAACUUCUCGCCUCAGACUGAUAAAAACGGAUAUUUAGACAAUGACACAGAUGUAUUGGCAUCUAGUGCCAAUUCCUCAGACUCUGACUGCAACCAAAAACUAAGGAAUGGCCAAAGGUCUAAUCCUCAAGUUGUAAUCAGCUUGGCGUCCGUAAGAAAGAACCAAGGAAUGCUGUGGAGCACAGUCACUUCAAGUGAACCUGCAAAGGGACAGGCCUUUUUGACAGCAGAGCUACCAUGCAAGAGGACAGGACUAAACACUCAAAAACAGCCCAGACUGAGAAGAGGUUCAGUCCCAGACAUGGAUCUUCAGGAAGGGCAGACCCUUGGUUUGAGGCCAAGCUUGUCGGAGAGCAGUUUCCCACUCUUUUCUCAAGCCAAGAUGUAUGGAACCUCUCUGGAGAACCUCUUAGCACGAGCCAGAGAGAGAGAACGAGGAAAAGAAAGAAGAUUGGGAAAGUCUGAAAAAGUGUGGGAUAUCUCUCCUUCUCCUUCACGCUCAAUCUCUCCAUCCAUCUCUUUCAGUGAGGAGGAAAGAGAAAGAGAAGACAACCUGGACAUUUUUGGAGAUCAGGAGAAUGAAGGGCAGCACAAAUGGCAAGAUGUGAACAAAGAAUUGGAAGAUAAGCAGAAAUAUAAUAAUGAAUACAAUUGCGGCUUUUCCGACCAAGGUGCAAGUGUUGAUUGGACAGGUUGGUGCUUUGACGACGACGAGGUCAUGGUUCGUCUAGACCCUGAGGGCGAUGGAAGCAGACCUGGAAUUGCAGUACUACCCAAUAUAGAUUUCCGGGGAACAAAGGGACAAGAAGAACAGGAGUUUGGAGAGUUGUAGAACUGGAGUGAAAGGGGAAGAGGUUGCCACAAUGCAGUAACGACAGCGGGUUCGACUUGCAAGUCAGGUUUUGACUGUAAUUGCACUGUGAACAAGCUCAUUUUCUGGGUGGGGUGGAGGGAGGAGAUCCAGUGUUGUAAGAGAUGCCUGCUGAGGAAUGACUCAUGACUGGUGUCCCACGAAGAUUGGGAUGUCACUGUUUUUUAAAAUCAUUGCCAUUCAAAUUAUGAAUGCUAAUGAUAGAUAGGUAAUUUCUAUAUAUAAGGGUUUUACAUCCUUCACUGUAUUUUUAAUUAAGGACCUGUGCGUCAUUUGCCCUGUCUGUUUAAAGAAAAGUCAAUCAACUCAUUAUGCGACACAGGCAGUCGCCUAAGGCACCAUGUUCUGAGCCAUGCGCCGGAGGCGCCCUUCCUCCCCCAUGCAGGCUUCACUGGGGUAAAGAAUGUAUAUAAACUUAUUUUGUAUAAAUGAGGGUGACAUUUAAUAGGCAUGUAAAUAAAUUAUGUAUUCCUUGUAAUUUAUAUGUAAA